CGACUCCCAACGCUCAGCUUCUUCGCGUGUAUAUAUGCGGCGGUCGAUACCAAAAGGUUCUCAGACACCGGUCACCGGCGAGUUCCCAUUGCUCUCUCGUUACUGUUACUGUUGCGUCUUUCGCGGAUCACAGUCUUCGAGGAAGCUACUCGAGCGACAAACACCAACAAACGACAACAAACAUGCCAGUGCCUCAGCUUCAGAAACCAGCGCCCGCUUUCUCAGGCACCGCUGUUGUGAAUGGACAAUUCAAGGACAUUAAACUCUCCGAUUACAAGGGCAAAUAUCUUGUGCUGUUCUUCUACCCGUUGGACUUCACUUUCGUAUGUCCAACGGAAAUCAUCGCUUUCUCCGAUCGGGCGAAGGAGUUCACUGACAUCGGCUGCCAUGUGAUCGCCGCGUCCACUGAUUCUCACUUCAGCCACCUCGCGUGGGUAAACACGCCACGCAAGCAGGGCGGUCUCGGUGAAAUGAGUAUUCCUCUCUUGGCGGACAAGAGCUGCAAAAUUGCCCGCGACUACGGCGUGCUCGACGAGGAGACGGGAAUCCCAUUCCGUGGACUUUUCAUCAUCGACAGUAAGCAGAACUUGCGCCAGGUCACCAUCAAUGAUUUACCUGUAGGAAGAUCCGUGGACGAGACCCUGCGUCUUGUACAAGCAUUCCAAUUCACCGAUGAGCACGGCGAAGUUUGUCCAGCCAAUUGGAAACCCGGCAAGAAGAGCAUGAAGCCCGACGUGGUUGGCUCGAAAGAGUACUUCAAGGAUCAAUAGACAAUAAAUUCGUACCAAUAUUUCUUCAUACUUACUGUUAAUUACAUUUGUGUGUGCGUGUUUUGUACUCUUUUGCUGCGAAAGUUCGCUUCUGAUUUUGACACAUUCUGUUUCCUAUUUAGCAUAGUUAGAUAUACAUAUCGUGAUCUUCAUACUGAAACAUCCGUCUUUAUCUGAAUAAACGGAUUUAUUUUGUA